AUGCCGGAGACCUUAAUUCUGGAGCUACCCCUGGGCGAUGCCAUCGGCGAAGGCACUUCCGGUGUGGUCUCGCCUCUGCUGCGCUGCGCGGAUGGUGGCCGCUAUGCCGCGAAGCGGCUGAAGAGCAGCUCACCACGGAAGGCGUUGGAGCAGGAAGUGCGGCUACUCAAGCUUUGCUCUGCCGAGUGCUCCGACAUCGUGCGGUACGCUUUUGCCUGCGAGACUGCCACGGAGUAUGUCCUGAUCUUCGAGGCCUGCGACAUGGAACUCUGGUCUGCGCUGACGGGCACAUGGUCGCGAGGGAAGGCGGCAAGCAGCGAAAGGCAGGCGUGGUCUCUGCAACUCUGCAGAGCUUUGAGCCACUGCCAUCAGCUGAGAGUUCUACACCGGGACGUGAAUCCCUGGAACGUGCUGCUUGUCCUCGAAGGCGAAGGGUGCUCGGCAGCACGUCUUGGCGACUUCGGGCUUGCUGUUGAGGGGGUGGAUGGCGAUUUGGUCGGAUGGGAGACACCUGGAGCGGCUCCCCUGGACGACUCGGCAAUCGGCUCGCUCUACUCGGCCCCCGAACUGGGUCACGUGUACGGCUUUCCUGCUGAUGUCUUCAGCCUUGCUAUGACUUUGCUGGCCAUUUGGGCCUCCGCCGACAUGGAAGAGGAGGGUUUAGGGUUUAGGGUUUAG